UACAGCUAGAAAAAAUGCGUAUUUUCAUAUAUCUUCUUAAGAUAAUCCGACUUCGGGAUCUGUGCAAAUUGAAAUAAACAAGCUGCCCUUCCUGUUUCCAUCUGAUUUGCAUAUUUUUGAGUUUUGUCACGUCAUCGCUUUUGGGCCCGAUCUUUUCGCUUUCGAUUGAAUAGUAAUCUCACGCAAUUUCGCAACCUCGUCGCAAUGAGACAACAGAAAGUAUAUUUUGAUUGAGAUUUUUCCCCCAUUUGCACACCGGAAUCUGGAGUGAUAAGAUACGGGUCAUCGGAGAGAUGCCACAACCGAAGCCAUACGAGAGGCCCGCGGACUUCAUCGAUCCCGGCAAGCCGUCCAAGUGCAAAUGGCAUCUGGGUACAGCCGAGAAGUCGCCCCACAUCCAUCGGGGCAUCGCCCACCGCCAGCAGAUUACGCCCAACAUCCUCGAGGUGAUCGGAUGCACGCCACUGGUCAAGUUGAACAACAUUCCCGCCAGCGACGGCAUCGAAUGCGAGAUGUAUGCCAAGUGCGAGUUCCUUAAUCCGGGUGGAUCAGUGAAGGACCGCAUUGGGUACCGCAUGGUGCAGGACGCCGAGGAGCAGGGCCUGCUCAAGCCAGGCUACACCAUCAUCGAACCAACGUCUGGAAACACGGGCAUUGGACUGGCAAUGGCCUGUGCCGUUAAGGGAUACAAGUGCAUUAUCGUGAUGCCGGAGAAGAUGUCCAACGAGAAGGUGUCCGCGCUGCGAACCCUCGGGGCCAAGAUCAUACGUACUCCAACGGAGGCAGCCUACGAUUCGCCGGAGGGACUGAUCUACGUUGCUCAGCAGCUGCAGCGGGAAACGCCCAACUCGAUUGUCUUGGAUCAGUAUCGCAACGCUGGCAAUCCGCUGGCUCACUACGAUGGCACUGCCGCCGAGAUUCUGUGGCAGCUGGACAACAAGGUCGAUAUGAUAGUGGUCUCGGCGGGAACGGCGGGAACUAUCAGUGGUAUUGGGCGUAAGAUCAAGGAGCAGGUUCCCAGUUGCCAGAUAGUCGGCGUGGAUCCCUAUGGCUCGAUCCUUGCCCGCCCUGCUGAGCUCAACAAGACCGAUGUGCAAUUCUACGAGGUGGAGGGCAUCGGCUACGACUUUCCGCCCACCGUAUUCGAUGACACCGUCGUGGAUGUGUGGACGAAAAUCGGCGACUCAGACUGUUUCCCCAUGAGCAGACGCCUGAACGCGGAGGAGGGUCUGUUGUGCGGCGGGUCCAGUGGCGGAGCGAUGCACGCUGCCCUCGAGCAUGCCCGCAAAUUGAAGAAAGGCCAGCGGUGCGUGGUCAUUCUGCCCGAUGGCAUACGCAACUACAUGACCAAGUUCGUGUCGGACAACUGGAUGGAGGCGCGCAACUUCAAGGAGCCGGUAAACGAGCACGGUCACUGGUGGUGGAGCCUGGCCAUCGCGGAGUUGGAGCUACCCGCUCCCCCGGUCAUUCUCAAGUCGGAUGCAACUGUUGGUGAGGCUAUUGCCCUGAUGAAGAAACACCGCGUGGACCAGCUGCCCGUCGUGGAUCAGGAUGAUGGUUCUGUCCUGGGCGUCGUGGGUCAGGAGACGCUGAUCACGCAGAUCGUGAGCAUGAACCGCCAGCAGUCCGAUCCCGCAAUCAAGGCGCUCAACAAACGAGUAAUCCGACUGAACGAAUCCGAGAUUCUGGGCAAGUUGGCCCGCGUCCUCGAAGUGGACCCCAGCGUGCUCAUCCUGGGCAAGAACCCGGCCGGCAAGGUGGAGCUCAAAGCUCUGGCCACCAAGCUGGACGUGACCACUUUCAUUGCCGCCGGCAAGCAGAAGCCCAAGGCCAAUGGCACCACCAACGGCGGCAGCCACUAAACUGGAGCGUUCUCCAGUUCCUGAUCUGUGUCCUAAAAAUCCAACCACCUACAGACUAUGUUACGCAUUUUUAACUUAUACCCGCAUGCAUUUUGAUUAUAUCAAAUAAAGUUUUAUCCUAAAGUAUC